AUGGACCACAUCUCUCUUUCAAAACUGAACGUCGCUAAAUUAAAGGAAAAAUGCAAAGAGUUCAAAAUAACAGGAUACUCCAAACUCUCUAAGCCGCUUUUAAUUGAGAGACUUUUAGCCAUCGGUUCAAGCGUCGAAGGAAAUGGUGAAGGUUUUAAUGUCACAUCGUCUGGAACUCAGCCAGUAUUAUCGACAAAAGUAGCAGAUGUAAUCGUCAAUGAUACCUUGGGUGUGCGGAAAGGUAAAUCAACUCAUCUCCAGAUAGUGGAAGAGCCUGGACCGCAGGAAUUAGACGAGGGCUUACCGGGAAAGGCUGUAACAACUACGAAGAAGCGACCGAGGAAUAAUAAAGAUGAUAAAGGUUCGGCGAAGAAAAAGGAGAGGAGAGCCAAUAUUAUUACUAGCAAUGACCAGCAAGCGUCUCGCACCGAUGAUCCCCAGGUUACCGCCCCAUUAAAAGAUCCCCACAACUAUUAUUCCGACCCUCAAAAUGGUACCACAGUGAUAAAAAAGGACUUCAAUAACAUUCGUUUAGAUCAACCUUGUCCUAUACAAAUCAAUAACGAUUCGACAGACUGCAUACUCCCAAUAUCCCCUCGGUCAAUUUGUAUCCACACCAAAGAGCCCGAAUCAGCUCAUCGUACAUCAGCCACAGCGCCACACGAGUCGAAUGUCCAACCAACUUCACCACCAUUCGUAACCAGCAUUCAUUUACCAGCCUCAAAUUUAAAUAUCCACACCUCAAGUAGCCAAGUUGCUCAACCCCAGCCACAACCACGGAAACCGCAAACAUAUAGUCCUAAAUCAUUCAAACCACCUACUGUUCUUCGUGCUCCUUGUAUCAACCCACCCAAACUUGCUCCUAGGCCAGCUACGAUAACCAAUGAAACCGGACCAGCCAUGGCCUCCAAGGAAAAUAGGGACCUUUACGCGCCAGAUCUUCCGCUCAUUUCAAUGCCUCCAUUCACAGCGCGUAGACGGCAAGCCGAACGGAUGAGCGUCGUGUUUAGCGGAAUAAAAGAUUGCGAAGUGUUGGGACUUUGCAUCAGGGUGUCCAAGGCCUGGAGAUAUGCAGUGUACCUAUCCGCAACACAUGCACUGCAUCGGGACUUCUCCGGGACUCGACUCGACUCAAUCGUCAAGCGGGUCAAGGAGCCAAGGACGACGAACAUGUGGGCGUACCUCCGUGCGAGACGACUGGAAGUUCAAAGUCGAUACGAUGCAUUUCGUGGAUCAUGGCUUGGUCGGUUCUUUGAACAUGAACGCGAGGUUCUUGGCUUCGAAAGGGGAUUCGAGCCUGUUGAUCAGAGGAUGUGGACCUCUCCAGAUGACGGUCGUCAGAUUGAUGUUGUUCUAAGAUUCGUUUCGACGAGAGUGGUAUUCAGUCUUGCUAGAAGGUACAGCGAGUACGACCAAAAAUGGAUCAAUCCGGUCGACCAAGUCAUUGGAGCCGAGGAAAUCGUUCCGGAUGAGAUAUGGAGAAUUACGACGAGGUCUUCAGCAGGAGGAAAACUAAAGGGGUUUCACAUCCUAUAUGACACAGGUGAAGUAAUUGGCUUGGCCCAACCCUCACCACAACGAGGAAUAAGCGGGCAACGCGUAGCCAAGAACAGACCACACAUCGAAGUCCUGGAAUCCGAGCCUGGAGACCUACGUGCGGAUUGGAGAGCCUAUAUCAGCUCAUGCGAGCUAAGCCCAGGAUCGAGCUUACAGGAUUUGAUCGUCAGCGGAGAUAGGGAGUCGUACGUAGCCGGUGUGAGCACAUUUUGGUUGCGAAGCUUGAGCCUCGAGGACGAGGUGCUGAGGUCCGUGGCGCACAAGUAUGUCUUGUCAUCCGUGGAGCCGAAUAGUGUGAGUGGAGAAUAUAGAACUGUAAUAGAUAUGGCGGGAGAUAUCGCCGGAAUUCCGUCAUAUAUUACCAACGGAAAGCCUAGACACCAAGUAGGGCUAUACAUUUCCGAACAUCACCUGGUCGAGUCUGUCCAUAUUCCAAUCUCGCUUCAUCCUACGUUAGCCAUGGUUGUGACCGCUUCUGGGAGGGAGUAUUUUGUGCUUCGAGACACAGGAGUGCCUGUUGGUGCAAGUGACCAGGGGCUAGAGCUACUUUGGCAAAGGUUGAUAGGGUGUGAUGCGUGGGGAAGUCGGUGUGCAUAUACGGCUCGCGCUAUAGGAUAA